CGGUUGUGAUGCUGAUGUAAUGUUAUGGUCGUUAAUGUGGUGAGGUACUGCCAUGGGUUUAUAACUGGGUAUCGCUCUCUCGCUUUUCGUUUCUGUUGUUAUUUCCUAAAUCCAUUGGGAUAACAGUCUCCAUUGAAAUAUUGAAUGAUCUGACUGUGAGGGGCUGAGCACUUUCGCUAUUCGUUUUCUUUGUCUAUCUUUGUCUUUCAUUGGUUCAAGCAUUGGUUCAUUUAAUGAUAAUAUUUCUGCUUCCUCGGUCUUGCUCUUUGCGCUAUGGUCUAUGGUUCGGUACCUUUCUGCGGACGCAUCCCUAUCGUCCGCCUCAUGGCUUCAGUGGGAGAGAGAUGUUGUUAUGUGCUAGUAGGACGAUCUGAUUAUUUGAGCUGGAAGGAUUUAGAACGAGUGGCACUGCCUUGUUUUCUUUGAUUUCUUUAUAUGGGGCGGGAGAAGUUACCCAGUGGAACGUCUUCUCGCUCUCUUCUGUAUCAUUAUGUCAGCCGGAUGAAGUUCAAUCGGGUACCUUUCCUCGCUCUCGACUUCGGUAAUGUCGACCAAAUUUCUUGUAGGUUCAUAACAGUCAUGCAAGAAUCCUCUGAAGUGAAACCCGCCUAUAUAAUUGAGUAUGAACACACACCUAAUGUUUUAUUCAAAUAUGAAAACGCUAAAUUGAUGACCGCUUUAACACUAGCCAUUCUCAUUAUCACUAUAAUGCUUGGAGUCACACUUGGUUAUCGGAUCGGUCUUACAACAGACUAUCCUUUACAAAAACUUCUAAAUUUCUCAACUCUAUGCGCGACCAUCUACCUUUACCACGCAAGAUCAACUCAUCUCGACAGUGUACCAAAGUCCACCUCUUAUUUACACUCACUUGACAUAUAUUUACGAUCUGAAAAAAUCGAAAGCACUAAAUUGAAUUACUAUAUGGACAUGCUGAAUUAUGUGGCCUCUACAGACUUCAGACAUGCUUUCCCUCGCCACAUAUACUACGCCUCACGUUAUAGUUUAUACUUUUUUGUUGCAAUAUCAAUUCUUUAUCACUCUGUAAUUGCCAAGUUCCGCGACCCGAUGUGGGUAUUAAGGUUAUUACUCCAGGGUGUAAUGAUUAUACCAAUGUACGAACUCAAUAACAACAAUUACUACAAUUACCACGAUCCAAUUGUAUCGGGGACUCGAGGUAUACCGUCACAUGAAUUCUUAAAAGCUCGGAACCGUGACUAUGCUUGUGGCUUAUCUGGAAUCGAUAAUAAAGGUAUCAGUCAUUACCCGCUAACACCUUCUCUUCUAAGCAAGAUACCACAAGUUUCAGCGGAAGCAGCGCCGACUCAACGAUACAUACAGAUCUGCGAAAAUUUAUAUCAUGGAACUGUGGAUGGGCCGACCCACCUCAACGAAUUACCAAAAGACACUCUUCUAGCGGGGCCGUUGAGCGGCUUCACUAUGAAUGCUGUACGCGGACAUGCUCAUGAAUUCUCGAAACCGCAGAAUAAGCUGAGAAGUGACUGUCAGUCUCUCCUGAUACGAGCACUCUACUUCGAGAAACGUUGGAACUUGGAUACCGCUGCUGAACAUACAACGCCAUAUAAUCAUAUUGAUCUUCAUUAAGAUAAUAUUUUUGUACAAAAUUUAUUCCCC